GUGCUUUUUCAGUACUCCACCCUUGUACUGCAGUAUCGAGAUAAUAGCACAGAAGCACCGAACAGACUUGAAGAUGGUGGUUUUGUCUAAAGAGUACGGGUAUGUGGUGCUUACCGGAGCAGCAUCAUUUCUCCUGAUGGUUCAUUUGUCUCAUGCUGUCGUAAAGGCUAGGCGUAAAUACAACGUUCAGUAUCCUGAAAUGUACAGCGACAAUCCAGAGACUGGCAAUAAAUUCAACUGUAUUCAGAGAGCACACCAGAACACUGUUGAAGUCCUGACUCCAUUCAUAUUUACAUUAUCUAUGGGUGGAAUUCAGCAUCCACGUCUAGCCAGUGGUUUGGGAAUGAUCUGGAUUUUCAGUAGGGUGUUGUACGCUCGUGGAUACUCUACUGGAGACCCUCAGAAGCGUUAUCAUGGGGCAUUCGGUAACCUUGCAUUGCUGGGUCUGUUCCUCUGUACUGUGAACACUGGGAGAACACUGCUUGGAUGGGGUCCCGAGUCAAGAUGGCCCAAAUGGCCUAUUUGUUAUAAAUAGUAGAAAUUAUGGUUACUAAAUUAACUUUUUAAGCACUGAUUUACUUCACUGAAUUGCAUAAAAUAAAACGUUCAA